UUUAGUUUGUUUUCUUUUUCUUUUGUAUAUAGAUAUGUUUCUGACCGACAUAGUGAUUAGCCGCAAGAGAAUGCCGUUACGCGUACUUGUUGACUUGCGCGUAUCCAUAGUAAAACGUCAGAAUAUCUUUGUGAAAAUAGUAUGGUUCAUGUUUAAUUUCGUUUUUCCUUUCAUUUGACGAAGCACUUACUUUACAUGUGCAUGCAUGGUUCUUUCAAUACCAUUUUUAGAAGCUGGUGAAACUUUACACCAUUAGGUUUUUUUAAUUUAUAAACAAUUUGCUUACAGGACGCGUCUUUUUGAUGUUUAUUGUAAGAACUGAAAUUCCCGGAUCUUGAAAGCGGAUUUACCAUGUAAUUUACACAUAGACAGAUUCUAGCAUAAUACUGAUAAACUUGAAAGUUCUUCAUUGUCUCUUUUUCUUAUAUUUGUGUGGUACUACCAACACGAGGGAUUGCUUAUCCGACCUUCCAAAACGACUACAACAUUUUCCUUAAUGUUUUUAAAGGGUCCUUUCAAAGUGACCAUUCCCACUUUGCAGUCUUUAUCAAAACCUUUUUUAACAACAACACCUAUAUUCUAUGUAAAUGCUGCACCCCAUUUAGGGCAUCUAUACAGUUUGGUCUUGUGUGACUCCAUUGCUCGGUUUCAAAAGAUUUUUAGAACAGACCGACCUGUGUUUAGCAGCACUGGUACAGACGAACAUGGACUUAAAGUUCAAACAGUGGCCCAAGAACAAAAUAAACGUCCCUUGGACCUUUGUACUGAAAAUUCACAGCGAUUUCAAAAUUUAGCUGUUCUUGCAAAUACAGCAUAUAGCCAUUUUAUCCGGACAACGAAUAAACAACACGUAGCAGCCGUUCAAGGAUUUUGGAAUCAGUUAAAAGAAAAAAAAUAUAUUGAGUUCCAGCACCAUGAAGGUUGGUAUUCUACGAGCGACGAAACCUUUUAUCCAGAAUCAGCUCUUCAACGUAUCGUGAACGAAAAGACGGGUGAAGAAGAACUAGUAUCAACGGAAACGGGAAAAAAGGUGCAAUGGUCUAGUGAAAUGAAUUAUCAUUUCAAGCUUUCUUCUCUUCGUUCGCGACUUAUUGAAUUAUAUGAGCAAAACCCUAAUUUUGUUCAGCCUUCCAUAUACCAUAACCAGGUUUUGUCAGAGUUAAAAUCUGGGCUCCAGGACCUUAGCAUCUCUAGACCUCGUUCACGCUUAUCUUGGGGAAUCCCAGUUCCAAACGAUGAUUUUCAAACCAUAUACGUUUGGUUAGAUGCCUUAGUCAAUUAUCUGACUGUCGCUGGAUACCCAUGGAACUCAUCAGACCCUGCAAGUGGAGGGUGGCCUGCUGAUGUCCAUAUAAUAGGUAAAGACAUUGUCCGAUUUCAUUGUAUUUAUUGGCCUGCUUUUCUUAUGGCAGCAGGUCUUCCUUUGCCAAAGCAGAUACUUGUUCAUUCACACUGGACGAUGAAUAAAGUGAAAAUGUCGAAAUCCCUUGGAAAUGUGAUUGAUCCUUUUGAACUUAUAAAGGACUACGGAGAGGAGAUUGUCAAAUAUUACCUAUUAAAACAAGGAAGGUUAACUUCGGAUUCCAACUUUGAGAUCGAAGGACUAGAAAAAGAUUAUGAACAUGAUUUAAGAAGAAAUCUAGGAGUGCUUACAUCCAGAAUACAAUCAAAAAAACUGUAUGUAAGUGAAGAAGUCCAAAAAGAGUGGACUUCCCCUAUAAUGGGAAUAGAAAAACAUCAAGAAUAUAUAAAUCACUUAUCUCAACUACCAGAUACUUGUGCUGCUUAUGCGCAUCAAGGACAAAUGCAUGCUUUCAUUGAAACUCUACAAAAUACUUUACGUUCAGCUACAAAGUUGCUUCAAGAAAGUGAGCCUUGGAACUUGGAAAGUAAUUCACCUGCCCGAACAGAUGUAUUAAUGCUCACAGCUCAUACGCUACGGAUAUGUGGUAUUCUUUUUCAAAGUGUUAUUCCCCAAAAAUCAUCAGAACUUUUGGAUCAACUAGGCGUUCCUAAAGGAAAUCGUACUUUUAAAGAUGCAAAGGAUACCUUUAUUGCUACCCAAUUUAACUUGGGGAAAAAACAAAAGAAUCAUCUAUUUCAAAAAAAAACACCAGCAUCCACGAUAAAUUCAUCAAUAUCCGAAACUUUCAUCAAAAGUUAGGAACAAAUACUAAUUAUCCCAUAAAUUAUUAAUCUAAUCAUUACUAUUAUUCAACGUUUGGCGUGGCCACACCGGAAUUGUCUAAUUUUCGAGGAAAUACCAAGGCGCGUACUUCCAAGUUCUUAAGAUUAAUUAGAGUUAUAAUGCCAGUUUUACGGAACUCUGGAACGGAUACGAGUCGCACGGACUUGGACUGACUUUGAAUCAAUUUUGUACCAAACUUUGGUUGAUUACCACAUAAAUAAAGAUCUGGCAACUCAUCCAUGACAAAAGUAUCUUUAUCAGUAAAUGGAUAGCACCCUAAAUUUUUGUCGUUAGUAAUGGAAGAAGAAGAAAAAAAUACAAAAAGAAGAGGAAAUAGCUUACAUAGAGUAUCCGGACUAGUAGGGGUAAUAUGAUUCCAUAAAAUGGUAUUUUCCAUCAACUGCAAAGAGGACUUGUAAGGGUGAUAUUUACGAAGAUCA